AUGAUGGGUACUAGGAUCAAGGUCGGGCAGGAGAAUAUUUAUUUCGAAAUGGAAUCUAAACAGGAAGAUAACGCCGAAACCUAUGACCAUGUAGUUUUCAGAAAGGACACUUCACAGGCAAAACCAAACGAAAUACAGCCGUAUAAAAAUUCUGAUACAGUGAAGCAUAACCAAUUAUUCUUUAUCGCAUCUGCCAUAGCUGUUGCUUCGCUCUUGACAGCCCUUGCCACUUUGGUUUUAGCUGUGGCACUCAUGACAAAACGGAGCGAAGCUUCUACAGGUAAGGCUACUAUUGCUCCUUCCUGUUGUAAGUAUUAAACACUUGUAGGUCUUGAUCCAUUCCAUUAUCAAAAGUGAUUGAAAAAUUGCACUAAUUAAACGACACGAUGAAGCAAAAAAUAAUUCACUUAGGUCCUUACCAUCUCUUAUCUAAGAGGAAAUUAGAUCCUGCAAGCCACAUUCAGUGGCUUGCAGGAUGUUGUCACGGUUGCUUAGGAUAAGAGGGAAAAAUAUCGAAUUCAGCUAGCGAAUAAUCUAUCUUUGACAUAUAAAGUGCGUUCUUCAUAAGGUUAUCUUAAUGAUUUGAGCCUCUUAACACCAAGUUAGCGUCAUGUAGUAUGCAAAGGCUCUAGACAUUGUAAAUGUCGCAAACGCCCCGAGUCAUUGAACUGAAAACUUAAACCAUUUUUUAUCUCUUUUUAAUAUAUAAAAUUGUUAGUCAGGGCACGAAAAGUAAACCCUAUGUGCAAUAAUAUCUGACAAAAGAUGAGGAUUUAAAAAACAUCAAUAGUGAAAAGCGCAAUCACUGCUUUUUUAGUAUGUAAUUUAAGACCGGAUUUCGAGAAGGUCAAAUUUGAUGUACGUCGUUGGAAGGGAAAUCGAUUUCUGAGAAAAUUGUUUAUAGGAGGAGAAAUCCGUCCAUCAUAAUACUUAUCCGUAAUCAAAAAAUAAGGGCAUUCCUAUUGUGUCUACAUGAUUUGUAUCUGAAUAAGGCCGAGUUGAAUAGCAAAUAAUCUAUCUUUGACAUAUAAAGUGCUUUCUUCAAAAGGGUAUCUUAAUGAUGUGAGCCUCUUAACACCAAGUUAGCGUCAUGUAGUAUGAAAAGGCUGGAAACGUUGUAAAUGAUGCAAACGCUCCGAGUCAUUGAAUCGAGAACUUUGACCAUUUUACAGCUUUUUCCAAUAUCUAAAAUCGUUAGUAAACCAUAUGCGUAAUAAUAUCUGACCAAAGAUGAGGUUAUAAAAAAUAGUGAAAGCAUAAAUGUUCACGUUUUCAAUAGGGCUUGUGGUAUUAAACACGUGAAUUCAUUUAUUAACAUGAAAAUCAAUCCUCCCUUUCUAAACUUUGAAAUUGAAGUUUUGAUUAACAUACACACCAAGAAAAUUCAAAGUUUCAUGUAGAUAAUUAAAAAUGGUUACAGAAGCGAGUGGAGUCCAAUUCAGUGUGUAAUCAUAAGAGUGAUUGUCAAUCACUAGUAACAUGACUGAUAGAAUUGGACGACACUAAGUCCUGUUGCCAAUUAAUUAUAACCAUUAUAAUUUCGGGGAAAAAAAUGAACCUAAAAAACAUGAUUGUUCAAAACAUGAUCAUUAAAAUCUUCGACGAAAGCGAAAUGCAACGUUUAAAAUCGCCUUAUAAAACAAAGUUAAAAUAACAAUAAUAAUAAUAAUAAUAAUAAAGACUAUAACCACUCAAGCAAAACGACUACUUAACAACAACCAAUCAUUCCAUCGUUCAAGUGUCAAUCAAUUAAAUAAUCAACCAGGCGUUACAGCCAAGGAACGAAAAAUUAUGGAAUGCCAGGACUGUCUUACGUCAAUUUGCUCUAUUAUAUGCAGUGCAGUUCCCAUUAUAUGCAGUACUUUUUUUAUUAGAUGCGGUACUCUUCUCAUUAUAUGUGCUAUUUAUGUUGCAAGCUGUGCUUUUGUCGUUAUAUGCUGUACGUUUGUCGUUAUAUGCUAUGGUUUUGCUACCAUAUGUGGUGCUUAUGCAUUAUAUGUAGUGAUUUUUCCAUUAUACCUACAUUUUGUCAUUCUAUAGGCAGUGUUUUGACAUUAUAUAGGAUAGUUUACGCAUUAUAUGGUGUACAAACGAUAUUACCCCGUGUACAUUUCGCUUUAUUUGCUGUCCUUUCUUCGUUAUAUCGAACCGUUGUUAUGAUCUACCCACAAUGCAAAGCACGCGUGUCGGAUCCAAGCUCCUCGCAGCCUGACGCCGCCAUUUUGGUUUAUUUUCGCGGGAAAGUCGAAGAAAGAAGUCUAUUAUGGAAGCCAUCCUUGAGCAAUUGGGGCUUAGUACCCUUUUGGAAAGAUUCAGCGAUGAGAGAUGGGAUUUUCUUCAAACUGAUUCUUCAAAAUUUUGGCCGAAAAUCCGUGGGGUGAAGCGUUACAAACAAACUAUUGUCAAAUUCAAAGGAAGCUAGACUGCUUCAAGCCAUAAUCGACUCUUUUCUAGGUGCAGAUCGAAAUUUUCUUUUUCUUCUCAAUUUAGACAUUAUUUCUCUUAAAUGUAGUGCUGUUACUAUAGGCAUACAAUGUACCUUCUUCCUUAAGAAUGAUGCACUAACUUGGAAAGAUCGUUUGCAUAUAACAAGCGCGAAAAAAAGGCCUUUUGCUUACCAAAUUUUUGAGAGUUGAACAAAUAAUUCUCUUGAUAGUGAUUGUUUGCAAUAGUUCAAGAAUAAGUUGGUCCUAUUUCUCCCUUUUUGUAUUAAAAAGAUGUUUGGUGAACGGUGUCAACGUUUGCUUAUCAAUGUAUGAAACUUCAACAUGUGUUAAUUGCUUUAUCUUUUAUCUAUUUAUCCAUCUGUUCAUCAUUUUAUGUGAAAUGCUUCAUCAUUUUUUGUUUACAUUUUCUGUUUUUCUUAUUGUCUCCCCUUUUCUAGAAACGUCAGAACUUCAAAAGAAUGUGCAAGAGUUGAAAAGGAACCUCUCUGCAUUAAGAGAUUACUCGGUAGGAGUAAUUCUUAAUCUUUAGCCGUGAUUUGUGAAAAGCAAAAGUGCACUGAUGUGAAAUACAUGGGUACAUGUAUGUACAUAAGACUGAGGGCCUCAAUAGGACUUUUAACUUGCUGAUUAUUAGUAAAUAUGGUAUAGAAAUAUAGAUUUUAAACAGAGCUUUAAUACUUCCCUGGAGCGCAGGCUAGAGGCAUCGUUUUUGUAUUAACAACAUUACACUUAUUCUGCUUUAACUUUUUCAAUGGGGUGAUCUAAAUGUUAUUUCUAAUCAGGCUGUUGUGUGCCUGGGGGAGCCUGAUAAACAUUACUAUAGGUCCUCUCGGGUGUCAUUGUUCCAGACAUUACCAGUGUUCUCCUAGUUUUUUGAACCAACUUUGGCAGCAUAGUACGUGCGAACCUUAUCAAGCAAAUUGCGCACCUCAAGAAUAGAUCAUCAUCAUUAGAUCAUUAUGAAUAAGAAAUCACAAGAAAGUAUUAUUGUACAAAGAAACUCAAUCAGGAAUAUUUAUUUACAUUUUUUAUUGUUAUAGGUUUCAGGGGAUGUAAAAGAACUGAAGAAAAACGUAAGUUUGUCAUUCAUUCACCUCUAAUAAUCGUAAUAAAAAUUUUUAAUCUUAAUAAUGAGAAUAAUGAGAAUGAUUGUAAAUCAUCACUAAGAAUAAACCAUUCAUUAGAAAAAUGAUAUGAUGUUGAGUGGUUUCUUUUCUUUUCUCCCUUGUGUUAGGUCUCUGCAGAGUUGGAGGAGCUAGCGAUAAAGGCGAGUUUAAAUUCAUCCAUUUUCAGUUCUAUCUAAAUUAGGAAAAAAUUGUCAUUAGUGCACUGAGUUUAACAUGAGUUUCCUACUUUAUGGCAGAUGAAAAAAGAUAUGGAAAACAUGAAAAACGAGGUAAGUUUCAAUACCAACAUUGAGCAUAUAUCGUUAUCUAAAUCUCUCACUGUUACAGUCCCUAUCAUCAUUAUGUUCAAAAGCAAAACAUGGACUGCUCUACUUAUUUUAUCAACUUUAGUAGGCCCACUAAUUCUCUAACACAAUAAUUUGGUCUGUUUUAUUUUUUAGGGCAAAAACAAAGAGCUAGAGGAUAUCCGUCUUGCAGUGCAGGAUGCUGUCCAAGUUUUGAUUGGUCUAAAUACAAGCGUAAAUGAGAGGUUUCUGCAUUUUCAACAAAGCAUCAUGCAACUGGAUCAAAAGGUACAUAUACCUGAAUGCGUUUUUGUGUGCCAUUUCGUACCAAAUUUCGAAUCAACCAAUCAGAGACCUGAUCAGAGAUACCUAGCAAUGCCAAGUCACUGCCCCAAGCUGCUCGAUAUCAUGGUCUCUUUCACUUUAAGUUAAGCUACUUUAUGGUCAUCACAAAGUGCGUGGUACACAUAUGUCUCGAAGCCUAACAAAAAAAAAAUAAGACUGUUUUCCAUGAUGAGUUAAAGAGGAUUUUCGAAGAUUGUCAAUGUUGUUUUCCUUCUUUACAACUUUUCAUAUAAGAGCCUCCCAUUUUGGCAGGGCCAGUGCCACUAUCACUGUCACUUUCAUUGUCACUGUCGUGGUCAUUGUCAUUGUCACCGUCAAUGACAUUGUCACUGUCACUGCCACUGUCAUUAUCUCUUUCAAUUUUAUUGUCACAUACACUGUCACUUUCACUGCCACUUUCAAUUUCACUGUCAGUAUUACUUUCACUUUUACUGUCACUGUCGCUGCCACUUUCACUGCUACUGUCAUUGUCACUGUCACUGUCACAUAAACUGUCACUGCCACUAUCACUGCCACUUUCACUUUCACUGCCAAUGUUACUGUCACUUUGUCACUUUCGCUGUCACUGUCACUGUCAUUCUCAUUGUAACUGUGCUAAUUGUCCUUAUCACCACAAUUGUAAUCAUUUUCAUUAUUAUUGUCAUUGCAGUGGUUACUGUGAAUAUCAUUGUUGUUGUUGUUGUUUUUUAAUUGUGUAGGUAAGAAAUACUACUGGCAGCACGAGCAUAAGAGGACCACCUGGAGUCAAUGGUACUAAUGGGGAAAUUGGACCUGCCGGACCUCCAGGAUAUAAUGGUACAAAGGGUGACAUUGGACUUGCCGGACCUGCUGGACCUCCCGGACCUCCAGGAUGUAAUGGCACUCAGGGCCCUGCAGGACGAUUUGGACUACCUGGUGUUCAAGGUCUUCGUGGACCAUCUGGGUUCAAUGGUACCCAGGGUCCACCUGGACCUGGGGCCAGUUCCUGUAUUUUUAAGACUUUAUCCAGCGCUGGUAUGGCAGCAAACUGGAUCGCCCAACAAGAAAUUGUAGCGACAGAACAAAAUGUAAGUUGAGUGGAAAAUUAGUCUUUUGAUUCUCACCUAAAAAAAAAAAAUUCUAUUGAAAAUUACUUUACGACAUAUUAACACUCAAGACAAUAUUUACCAGGCCUAGGAGCUGUCCAAAUGUCGUAAAGCCUCCCUUAAAGUCAUAAAGUUGAGUUAUUACUUUCUAGCCAUAGGCCGCAUCGUUUUGGAGAAUUUCCUCUCUUUUAAGUCUUAAAUCUCCAUCAUCAUUUGAAAACAAAAACCAAAACAAAACAACAAAAAAAAAAAAAACAAAGGAAAAAAGAAAAGAAAACAUUUAACAACUCGUUAUGGAAUUCAGCACGGACUUGUCGGACAAGUUCAUUUUGCCACUAAAUGUUAGUUAAAAUCUUUUUGUUGUCGUUUUUUUGUUUUUUCCCGACAAUUUCAUACCUUUCGGUGCAUCUACGGUUAUUUCUCUAAUCCCACACCAAGCAAUGAUAUCCUCGGCCUGUCAUGGAACAAAAAAAUGUUUGCAAGUAUCAGUUUUUCAAAACAUUCGCUACGCCGGCUUUUAUGACUCUUAUAAGUGACAACAAAAAUCGAUUUUGCACGAACGACCAGCCCGCUGAGGGAACCAGUGAUCCAGCGUUCAUUCAAAGGCCAGUAUCAGCGUAUACGUGGAUUUUUCUCUUUCUACGUUCCUAGACAUGAAAGCUGUAUUCGUGAUAUCCGAUUUCGGCAUCGAAAACUUUCAAUAAGUAUUGCCCAGAUUUUAGGCGUCGGCUUUCGUCGCUUCGUGUGUACACCCAUUGAAGAGGAAAGAAAAGUUUUGCUCAUCCGCUUUUCAAACUCUUGACGUAGUUUAUCAUUAUCAUCAGCAUCAUAAUUAGUGUCUUUUUUUUUCCUGCCAGGGUAAAAUAUUUAUUGGCGUAAACUGUGAUACAAACGAUGCGAAAGUUGCUAAAUUAUCAAGCUCCAACUCGGGUAGAGAGAGAACCUACAAAUGCUCUUGCGAAGGCACCCUAACAACUGGAGAAGCAACGAUGUAUUGCUAUAUGCACUACUGGGAGUGUCAGUCAUAAGAGGAAAAACGGAAAGCCAUUUAAUGAACUGGACUCUUUGUGAAGAAGAUAAUACAGUGUUGAUUCAGAAACGAGACGAAGAACAAUUUAGUGGUUAAACGUAGAUACUAUUUUUCAAUUAUGCCCAGUAAACUGGGUUUUCUUUCCGAGGGCAUUUCAGUUGAGUGUUG